AUGAAUCGUUUGUCCUUUCGCAAUUUCCAUCAAAAACAUUUCGGUCCUGAGCAAAAACUAUAUUGGCAAACAUUUCUCAACCCGAAACAACAAGAACAACAACAACAGCAAUGGUACUAUUUUGACGAAGAAGCAGAACAAGACGACGAUGACGAAUAUGCUGAUCCGUUUGAUGAGGCGGAAUAUCGUGUUGAUGCUGACGAUCCACAACGACAAGAGGAGUUUCGGCAACAUCAUUUAGAGUCUAAUGAGUUAAAUGUCGAAGACUUUGAGGAAGAAAGCUUAAAUGCAGAUGAUUCUGUUGCAUUGCAGUUUAUGUCUGAAGAGGCUCUUGAAGUUUUUCAAUUCUCUGAGAAUUUCAGAAAGCAGAAAGAA